UGUAAAUAAUUGACCAGAUCAGGCAUUUUUGGAGUGGGAUGCACCAGCCAUGUGAAUCCUCCCAAAGAUUUACUUUGUCCAUUUCCACAGAGGGGGAGCUUUAAAACAUGUGACUGCACACAAAAGGGAGAGAGAAGGCUUCAUUAUCAUAUAAUCUGAGUUGCACCUAUGAGUCAUCACAUCUAACCUAUAUAUAUUUUUUUUGGAACCACAAACCUGUGGUGGAAAAUAAUUAUGUUCCGAGUCACGGAGUUAUGUAAAUGACUGUACAGGAACAGAUUGUAUUUUGGGACUUUUAGUUUGGAUUCUUUAAAUUUUGACCUAUUGGGAAUACCAGAUCUGUUAAUCCGGUGUUUGGGGAGCUGUUCAUGAGUCAUUCUGCAUCCCGGCUCUGUCCCGUCCCUCAGCCAGCCGGGCUGCGGUGCAUUCGCUUGGGUGAGGUGGGGGUGGGGGGAAGGAGGACACCUCUUUCUCGGAAACUGGUGAAGUUUUUGUGUCUGGCGCGCAUCCAGACACCACGUCCUGGACUUACAUCCGAAAUAACCCCCGAACGCCAGACUCUACUUCUCUGUGACACACAAAAAAAAAAAAAAACAGAAGAAAGAAAAUGCGAAACCUAAGCGAGGGUGUCUCAGUCGAUGCCCACAAACUCAAACCAGGAACUCCUUCGACGUGUUCAGGCUGAGCGCACCCUCUUCCAAGCAUCUGUGACCAUGACUUCGGAUCUGCCUCCGUCCAAGGCGCUCUACAUCGGGAUGGAGGUGGUGAUCGCCGUGUCCUCGGUCAUCGGCAACGUGAUGGUGGUCUGGGCUGUACGCAUCAACCGGUCUCUGAGAGACACCACGUUCUGCUUCAUCGUCUCCCUGGCCUUGGCUGACAUUGCGGUCGGGGCUCUUGUCAUCCCGCUCGCCAUAACCAUGAGCAUCGGGCUCCAGACGCACUUCUACAGCUGUCUGCUGUUCGCCUGCACGGUGCUCGUCCUCACCCAAAGUUCAAUCCUUGCGCUGCUGGCCAUCGCCAUCGAUCGCUACCUGAGAGUCAAAAUACCCAUGAGUUACAAGCGAGUGGUGACCCCUCGGCGAGCUGGGACAGCCGUGCUGUUGUGUUGGCUGGUGUCCAUCAUAGUGGGCCUCACGCCAAUGUUCGGCUGGAACAACCUGCAGUUUAUACUCAACAAUCGCACCUUGAUCAGUGAAGAGCUUGUGGUGACCUGUCAGUUUGAGACAGUCAUCAGCAUGGACUAUAUGGUCUACUUUAACUUCUUUGGCUGGGUCCUGCCGCCUCUGCUGCUCAUGCUGGGCAUCUACGUGGAGAUUUUCUACAUGAUCCAUAAACAGCUCACCAAGAAGGUGACAACAAGCCAUGCGGAUCCCAGGCGUUACUUUGGAAAGGAACUGAAAUUAGCCAAGUCUCUCGCCCUCGUCCUUUUCCUCUUCGCAGUCAGUUGGCUCCCUCUUCACAUCCUCAACUGCAUCACCCUCUUCUUCCCCGGUUGCAAGACGUCGAUAUCCCUCAUUUACAUCGCCAUUAUUCUUACCCAUGGCAACUCAGCCGUCAACCCCAUCGUGUACGCUUUCCGCAUCAAGAAAUUCCGCUCUGCGUUUCGGAAAAUCUGGAAACAGUACAUGCUCUGUCAUGACCCCAUCGGUCGUCUUCCUCAGAGAGGAAGCCAGAGGGGGCAGAACCGCGAGACGAGGCUCAGGCAGAAUGAUGACGACGAUGACGAUGUUUGACCUUUGGGAGCUAAUUGUGCUACUGUGUUACUGACAAUUUUUAAAGCAGUUGUUUACAGAAGGGAAGAGACUUCAUGCUCAAGGAGCUGCCGACCCCAAUGACAUUGACGGUACUGAGGGACAUCAGAGUUGCAAAACGUGAGUUGCAGGAUAUCCUCCACCUGACAUGCACCAAGGAUUACAUAUCCUCUUAGAGAUCUGCUUUCAGAAUUACAAUGGAGGAGACCUUACAUUUCCCACCAAAACUUAGAGGGAUUCUCAUGAGGAAGAUGACUCUUUUGGACUUAAGUCAGCAAGUGCAUAUGUGCUGCACAUGUGGUACCAUAAUGUUGUAUACUAUACCUGUUUAUUUAAAUUAUAAUUCAUGGUGUACAACAUCUGAAAGAGCUCAAAUAUAUUCAUCUGAAAUCUGUGCUACAUUUAAGUGCUUCGUUCUGUGGCCUUAAGGACAAAAGAAACUUAGUAUCUGUGACUUUGUGUGAACAGAAGGACUCUGGCGAAUCAGUGGUGAAAGAACAGGAAGCUCUAUAACAUUAAAGUAACACUGAAACACAUCAAAUUCAUUACAGUAGGAUUCGGACCCCUUGAAAUUCUUUAUAUUUUUAUACAUUACAGCCACCAACUUCCAUGUAUUUCAUUGAGACUUUUUUGUGAUAAACUAACACAAAAUUAUACAUUUGCAAAAUACUUUCACUGUAAAAAUAUGAACAGUAUCUCGUGCAGAUACAGUGUAUUUAGCCUCCAAUUACUUUGACAACCCUAGAUAAAAUACUUUGUAUUCUAUUUCCUUUCUGAAGCACUGCCUGCCAAUGUGUAGCUUAAUCUCAGUACAAAUUCGGCUGAUCUGUGAAUGCCGCAAAACCUUGUUGUAGAAUAGUAGUGAACAAAUGAAGAGCAAAAUAAAGCCAUCAGAGGUCCGGUGUAACCCUGAGGUUUGCUGCUGUAAUUGCAGACAUUGUUAUAUCCUUGAAAUAUUGACUCAACAACGCUAAAUUCAAAAUGUAGGCCAACGUUUUCUCAGCUUCAGCUGUAAAAAAAUAAAUAUAAAUAAAUAAACGUAUGUAUUAUUUUUCUUUCACCAGCAAAUGAUACACUACUUCGUGAUGGUCUGUCACAAAUAAUCCCAAUAAAAUUCUUUGAAGUUUUAGUUGUAAUAUAACAAAACAGGUUAGGGUUCAAGGAUGUGAACACUUUUGCAAAGUUGCACAAAGGUUGUACUUUUUACGUAUUGGCGGCCGUGUCCACGCGAACAGAUCUUAUGCAAAAUGUACACUUCCCUCUUUGCAAAUGCAGUUUUUGUUGCCAAUAACUGAGAUUUUCAAGGAUUUUUAAAAUAUAACUUUGUGGUGUGUACAUAUGAACCAGGUGUCAGGAGACUACUGGAAGCAGUAACGUUAUGUGGCCAACUUUCCACAUGCGCUGUAUUCCUUUCCUGGUUAGAAUCCACAACAAGAGUGAAACCAAUUUUAUCUAUAUAUAUAAAAAAAUAGGUAUUAGGAAAAUAUCUGGAGUGCUGUUGCCAGGGACUGAAAACAUUUGAAUGACAAAAUGACCAAUACUACCUAAUAAUGCUUGCUUUUAAUUAGAUGUUUGCGGACACAGUGUUGAAAACCCACUAAUGCAUUAGUGAUACAACUGUAGCCACCAGAGUUUUAAUUAGAGAUCUGUGAAUUUAAAGAUUUACUGGUGCUCCUCACGUCUGUUCGAUCACAUCCUUUAAUCCUUACUACACACUUGGACCGGCCUUUCACGUUUCUUUUUUUACAUUUACUCUUGAUUUCUCAGAAGACACAAUCAUUUCUUUUAAUCUAUUUUCCUUUCAGGGCAGACACACUUUCUUUAGCGUUGCUCCUGUAAAGCGAAUCCUAAUCGACACUGAAUGUUAAGCGCUUGGCAAAAUGUGAGUGCUGACACAAAUGUAAUGUAUAGAACUCUAUGUAACUAACACAUUUCCAUAUGUCGACUGGAGACACUGCUGAAGAUUUAGUUCACCAUGGGAACAGCUGCGCAGCGACAAACCUCACAGCUGUUGUUUGCAAAGAUUGUGUGUUCGACCUCUAAGCACCUCUGAUUUAGGAAACAGUGAAAAUGUUGAGUUGUUUUGGAUUUUUAACAUUAAGAUUUUUUGACGCAUCAAGAUUUAAACAGGUUUAUUUCCCUAUUUUCACCUGGAGAGUAUCUUUAGUUAUUUUACUUCUCUUCAUGCCUCUCUGUAUGACGUCCUUAAGGGGAUUCUCUGUAUACAUGUACAUCACAGAUGUUUGUUAUUUGGCAGACAAACAACAAAAGUGAGGGGCUUAUAAAUAUGAAUACAGGGAAUAUUUAAAACAAAUCUAGAUGGUUGCAUUUAAGCAGAUACCCUUUCUACAAAGGUACAGCAUAUGGAUAUUACACAGAAAAAAGAACAACAUACACUUAAGCGUUCUAAUGCUGCUUCUGGUGGAAUGAAAUCAUAUUUCCAUGUCGUUUUUUUUUGUCUUUCAUUUCUGGUUGUGCUUUUAUUUCCCUGAUGUAUUUGAUUGCUUACAUUGCACGGAAACUAGCCAAAUUUUCACAAAGUUAACCUUUGAAUUUACGCAAUUGUUCUGAAACAAGUGCUGAGGCUAUAAAACAGAGGAAGGAAGCAGUGGAGGCGCAUUAGCACCUUAGUAAUGUUCAGUUUUUAUUUAAAAAGCAUCUGUCGAAGUGAAGUCCAGGCUGUCCUCAGAUGAGAAACUGUCGUUUAAAUAAAUAAUUAAAAUAUUGUGUGACUGUAUAGCCUUGUUCAUGUUUUUGUUGUUUUUAUUCACAUUGUAACAAAGUCUUUAGUGUUUUUUUUGUUUUCUUUCUACUGCAGUUGGACAUCUGCAUCAGCAAAAUGCUUAGUGAACUGUAUGAUAAGAGUGUGACUAAACUGUACGAAAUAUAAUACACAGUGCCUUGUAAAAGUAA